GAAAGAUUAAGGGCUUAUAAUUAAAUAGAGCUAAAGCAUCGCACCUCCAUUAUAUAAAGGAGAGUCAGUCUCACUGCACUUAUCAUAUCCCUUCUCCUCUUUCCUAUCAUUAAAAGAAAAAACACAUUGUGUCAGAGAAGAGGGUGGGGGUGAGAAUCCCGAUGAGGAUCCCAGGAACUCAUGUGGUGGUGUGGUUCCUCCUGUCAGUGCUCAGUUCUUCUGUCCUCUGCCACGGCCGUCUUGUCCAGGUUGUCGGCCAUGCCCAGAGUUCUAUUCCCAACGCUCCCAAUGUUUUCUCAGGACUUGGAGUGACCAUAGAGUGCGAAGCCGAGAAAGGCCAUUUCGUCACCAGAGGAGCCGGAAAACUCGACGGCGACGGGAAGUUCACCGUCUCUGUGAAACAUGAUGACAUAGUGAGAGACGACGGAACCCUAAAGGAAGAAUGCUACGCUCAGCUCCACAGUGCCUCUGCGACUCCAUGCCCAGCCCACGAUGGCCUCCAGUCCUCCAAGGUCGUGUUUUUAUCGAAAUCAGACGACAAACACAUUCUGGGUCUUAAACAAAACCUAAAAUUUUCACCGGAAACAUGCGCUUCGAAGUUCUUCUGGCAUUUCCCAAAGUUCCCAUGGCCUCAUCCCAUCAAAGGCUUCCACCACCUUUUCCCUUUCCCUUGCCCUCCACCCUCCAACCCCGUCUAUGAGCCACCGCCUAAGAAGGAGAUCCCUCCGCCCGUUCCCGUCUACGAACCACCGCCUAAGAAGGAGAUCCCUCCGCCUGUUCCCGUCUACGAACCACCGCCCAAGAAGGAGAUCCCUCCGCCCGUUCCCGUCUACGAACCACCGCCGAAGAAGGAGAUUCCUCCGCCUGUUCCCAUCUACAAGCCUCCAGUGAAGAAGCCGUGCCCCCCGAAACCGCCGAAGAAGGUUAUUCCGCCGCCGGUGCCUGUCUACAAACCCCCGCCGGUGAAGAAGCCGUGCCCGCCUAAGAAAGAGGUUCCUCCUCCGGUGCCUGUCUACAAGCCUCCGCCGGUGAAGAAGCCGUGCCCUCCGAAGAAAGAGGUUCCUCCUCCGGUGCCUGUCUACAAGCCCCCGCCGGUGAAGAAGCCGUGCCCUCCGAAGCCGCCUAAGAAAGAGGUUCCUCCUCCGGUGCCUGUCUACAAGCCUCCGCCGGUGAAGAAGCCGUGCCCUCCGAAAAAAGAGGUUCCUCCGCCGGUUCCAGUGUACGAGCCGCCGCCAGUGAUACCGAAGAAGCCGUGUCCUCCGGUGGUGCUUCCUCCGCCGAUUACGAUCCCCAAGAAGCCGUGUCCUCCUUUCCCUCCUAAAUUUUUCCCCCACCCCAAGUUCGGAAAAUGGCCUCCCUUGCCGCCAUUCCCUUCCCACCCUUGAGAUUCUUACCUGCGUAUAUAUUAUAGUCAGUGUGCCUGCAUCUAUAUAGUUCUACGUUACAUGGGUUUAAGGUUCGUUUACGGGAAGAAUCUUGCUUCUCUUUAUUCUUGUAAUCUAAUAAAGUGAUCGUGAAAGAGGGAUCAAAUAUCGAAGGACAGGGAGAGGAAGAAGGAGAUGUUGUGUGUAUUUUCAAGCUAUAAUAAUAUUAUAUAUUUGUUUCUUGGUUCAACCA